AUGUCUGCCAAUACCGGAGCAGAGGCGGUUGAAGACGAGCGAGCCUCGCUUACUUCCCGAGUUAUUCCUGUGAUGACAUUUUCAGAGGGAUCUAAUCCACUCACUCGGCCCCUCCCGCCUCUACCCUCCUCCACAAUACCCCUCGCAAGAGCAGCAGCCCGAUUCCAAGUCGAGGGGAAAGCCAUAAUCACUGGUGGUGCCGGAGCAUUAGGCCUCAUCUCGGCACAAGCUCUUCUGGAACAUGGUCUCUCAGCAUUGUGUAUCAUGGAUCUCCCCAGGACUCUCGAAACAUCCAACGAAGAAAUCCAAUCACUGGCAGUGAAGUUUCCAUCGGCAAACAUCACCAAGAUCGCCCUGGACGUGACAUCAAUGGACUCUAUCGAAACGGCAUUUGAGCAAGCAUUUCAGAGCAUGGGAGGCGUCGACAUUCUCUGUUGUUUCGCCGGAGUCGUGAGCUCCCAACACUCCCUCUCGGUGGCACCGGACCAAUUCAACAAAGUGUUGGACGUGAAUCUGAACGGAUCCUUCUUCUGUGCUCAGGCAGCAGCAAAGCGCAUGGUAGCUUCUGGAAAAGGAGGCUCUAUCCUGUUGACUGCAUCGAUAUCCGCCCAUUGUACCAACUUCCCUCAGCCGCAAGCUGCUUACAAUGCCAGCAAGGCUGGUGUCGCGCAUCUGACCCGCAGCUUGGCUGCGGAGUGGGCUGUUCAUGGGAUUCGAGUGAAUAGUAUCAGUCCUGGGUAUAUGGAUACUAUUCUCAAUGCCGGAGAUGGGUUGGCGGCUGCCAGGGAGAUUUGGGACUCUCGGUGCCCUAUGGGUCGGAUGGGGGAUCCUGAGGAGAUUACCGGGGCUGUGGUGCUUCUGUGUAGCCGGCGUGGGGGACGAUUCAUCACUGGUGCUGAUAUUGUUAUUGAUGGAGGAACUUUGGCUCUGUGA